GUUGUGAUUGUGGUGAUGAAGAAGCAAGGGUAUGUACCUUCCUUGGCUGAUGCCCGGCCAAAAUCGCCUGAAGCAAUCUGAAGACACCUAGAUUGGAGGCAGAUUCCACUGAGCAAGUCCAAGAAACCCUGAAGUCGGUCGUAUGGCGGAGCUGAGCUGUGUCAGUGGCGAGCUGCGGAGGCUUAACCAAGACCUUCGUGGAGUGGAAAGCCGGCAGGUGCUUCUUGACCGGCGACUGGUGGAGUUGGACAGCCAGUUGCAGGCGCUUCAGGAGCAGCAGUUUGCACAAAGCUUUGCCGCGGAGCGGGGCCAGCGCGCAGUGGCGCUGGGGGCCCACCGGGCCUUGCAGACUGCCAAGGAGUUGUCGGAGGAAGGAGAGUGGAACAAAUGCAUGGAGGGUCUCGGAGUCGAGAACGACAGUCAGCGCAGGAUUCAAGAGGAACUCCAAGCUUGCUGGCGCCGUGUCGAGGAGCUUGGCGAGCGCAUGGAGGUGCGCCUCUCCACCAAUGGAUUCGCAGGCCCUUCCGAUGGCUCCCGCCUGGACACGAGGCUGUCUGCAUUGGAACAGUCUCACCGGAAGUUGGCCAUGGGGGCCCAGCGAGCGCUGAAAAUGGCACUCUCGGUGCACGAGAAGCAGGAGGGCUUGGAGAUGGAGGAGGAGUUUGAGCGAUGUUUUGGCAAAGACUUGGAUCCGGGGCCUGACGUUUCGCAUCAAUUGUCUGAGCAGGACCACCGCCUGGAGCAGAUCCUCCUUAUUGUAGACGCCCUGGCGGACCGAGUCAGUGACACCGGUGCAUCUCUUCAGGCCCUUGCGGACCGUGAAGCAGAAGGGAAAGCUGAGCACCAUCCCACGGCCGUGGCGCAAGAGGAGCUGCGGGACAAGGUGGAGGAGUUGGAGGCGAACCUCUACGGCCUCGCUGCGCAGGUCCAGUCGCAAGUGGACCAGAGGGGUCGGGUGGCCACGCUGAGGCUCAUGGAUCAGCAGCAGGAGAGGCAGCAGCAGCGCAGCCUGGAGAACUUGGCCAUGGCGCUAGAGGGCCUCGAUGCGCGCUUGGAGAGAAAUCUGGCCGAGCAGGCGCAGAAGCUGCACGAUGUGCAGGAUGGGCAAGACGAGCAACAAGUCACGUUGCGCCAGCUGGUGCAGGAGUUGCCAGAGGUCUCCAAGCGCUUGGAGCAGCUCUGGGAGCAGUGCCAGCUGUACUUCCCCAGGCUUCAAGAGCAGGAGGUGCACUUCGGCUUCUUGAGGGCCAGCUUUGAGGCUCACAAGCAGCAGAUGUUGGACAUGAUGGAAGAAAAGCCUAGGAGUCUUCUGCCCAGCCCCUGGCGGGACGAGAAGCCCCGCGAGGUUGCCGCCAUUGAAGGCCCCGAGUGAAGUGGGCAUUCACCCUCCUUGGGAGGUUUGCGAUGCACAAAGUUUGCAACAUUUACUUUCCAAGUACAGCCGAUCCGGAGCUCUUAUUUCUGGU